AUGAUAGGCCCUGACGACAGCCCCGAAGGGGUCAACCUGGAUGAAAACAUGCUGCCGUGUUCUGCAGCAGCGACAGCCGACCCGGAAUCCAAGGUGCUCGAUGACGACAACCUCCUCAUUGAGAUCAUUGUCCGCCUCGGCUUCCCCACCAGCCUCGUCCGUGCGGCGCUGGUCUGUAAGCGCUGGUACAGCCUCGCUUCUGACCCCGCCGUCCUCCGCCGCUUCCGCAAGCUCCACCCUCCCCGACUCCUCGGAUUCUAUGUCAACACCGCCACCGGGGAGCAUUUGUACUCCUCACGCUUCUUGCCGAUCCUGCCCCGGCCUCCAGAGCUCGACUCUGUCUUCCGCCACGAAAGCUUCAGCUUGGACGCCUACGAGAACGGAUGGACCUACGUUGCCGACUGCUGGAAGAACAACGUCUUAAUCUACUUGAAACGCCACAAUGGUGGUGCGAGAGGGCCCGAUAGGGUAGUGCGCAACCCACUCUUCCCCGACAGAGUCAUGGCCGUCAUCCCAACACCGCCACGGCACCAACUCUCGGAAGGAAAUGACAUGGCAGUUGCUCAUCUCCUCAUCGAAGAAGGAGGUGAC